AUGGGUCCAUCGCAACGCAGAUUCUCCUCCAAGGCUCCUUCCCUACGAGUUUAUCUUACAGGUUUUGGACCCUUUGGGGAGGUGGAAGACAAUCCGUCUGCCUGCAUAGUACGGAAAUUAGCAGCAUAUCUCAGCUCCGCCGGGUCCCCACGCACCUCACCCGGCGUACAUGAAACUAGUGUGGACAGUUCUGUUUUGUCUCCUGGAUUAUAUGGGGAACAUGAAGAAACUGCGGAGGACCCCCCUGUAGACCGACCUGAGAGCCCUUUAAGGGCACAAAAGAUUGAGCUUUGUGGGUGGGAAAUACUUGAAGUAUCUGCGGAUGCGGCAAUGGAGUCUGUGCCACGCAUCCACUAUCGGCUCAGUUGCAAGGAGCCGAGAAGCGGAGUACAUGACUCUGACACCUCAAGCAAGAAUAAUUUCCUUCGCUUGGGCCAAAAGGAUCAUGAAGGUCCUCUUUGUCCUGGCGAUGAGCUUUCUAAGCCCCUAUCUUUGGCUUUACACUUUGGAGUUAACACCAAAAGCAACUGCUGGAAGCUUGAGUCCCAUGGGAAAAAUGAUGCUCGGUUUUCCUGCAACGACGUUAGAGGCUACUGUCCCUCCACCAACGAGAUUUCGGCUUCGAUGCCUCUGGGGGCCCGCCUGAGCUGCUCGCUCGCCUUAAAGGAAAUAGCUGCAGACCUGAACGAGCGAGGCUUCCCAUGCAGCGUAUCAAGUGAUGCUGGCUGUUUUGUAUGCAACUACUUGUACUUUCGGAGUCUACAAGAAGGAAAGAAAACUGGUGUAGUAGCAUUAUUCGUUCAUGUCCCCUCGUUCUCUGAGAUGCCUCUCAAGCAGCAGUUGGCCUCAGCCCUGCACCUCCUUGAUCUCGUAGCUUGUAGAGGCCCCCAAAAGACCAACGCUAUCUCUGCAACAGAAGGAAACCGGUGA